AUGUGAACUUUGAGUUGCUGUGAGGUUAGGGGGAGUGUAUAGCAAGAGAGAAAGUGAUUAAGAAAGUCACUGACCGAGAGGAUCACUGUUUUACUCCAGGGACAGCAUGACUCAAUAUUAACAUGGAGGCUUAGUGGCUUCUGAACAGUGGGAGACAACGGCUGUGAGCAAAGUCUAAUUUUUGUCUUCAUGAACUUACUGGAGAUCAGACGCCACCACUACCACUUAAGCCACUGUCUCUCCGAAUUUUGUUUCCAUCUGGAGAUCCUUUGAAAGAGUCCUUUUGUUCUUGUCUGAAGUGUUUCUGGAGUCAUCAUGAAGAUGUUCUGCAUAAUCCUAUAUUUCAUGGUGUAUGUGCUGUUUUCUGCUCCAACAGUGAAUACCGACCUCAGCUGGCCUGCUGCUGGCCUGGCCUUGGCCAGUGCAGACCCCCAGGAGGAGUUGAAGAGCGGCCUACACCCUGAGGAAGGCCAGGUGCCUCCAGAGAUGCUGCAGGAGCUGCUUUGGUUGUUUCGAGAAGAGGACCCAUCGACGUGGAAUUACUCCAUGCUGGGCCUUUCGUGCCUGGUGCUGGUGGUGGGAUUCUUCCUCCUGGGAGCAAAUGUCAAGGCAAACAGAAACCGGAAAAAUGCACUGCCAAUGAAACAAGAGUAUGAAACUGACCAGCCUGAGGAGACAGAAAUGAAGCAAGGUUUUGUGCUCUUAGCGGACGAUCCUGCUCCAGAUCCUGCUCCAGAAUGUUCACCUCCACAAGCACAAAACGCAGGACAGGUGACCAUCCAGUGGAAGGACGGCCAUGUGACAAACCUGUAUGAGGACAAGCGUGAAGAAGAAGCAUAACGGCUGAGAGAACUGUUUCAAUUCCGUACGGAAACCUGGCAGGCUUACAGAACCGUCUGCAUGUUUUGAAAUCGGCUUUCCAAGAAAUGUUUACUGACCGGAAGCAAAAAGAAAAAGAAAGGGGCAAAAGGGCCCUGCCUCCCUACAGGAUCCCAUCACGGUGCGCUUAUAAUGGGAGUACAACGCAGAAUAACACAAUGCGGAAUGCAACCCUUCUCUCUAUUCACACAAAGUAUGUUGUCGCAGGGCUGAAAUAUGGCACCGGCUUCUGCCACAACCCUCGGAGCUUAGAAACCGUCUGGGACAGAAUUAAUGGAUGUGCCCUUAAAACAUGGACCUGCAAUGGGCUUCCCUUCAGGCGGAACUGGGCAACCGUUGACCCUCCGAGGAUCGCCCCCACCUCUGCGGCAUUCAAAAUUCCCCAACAUGUAAAAAUAAUCAUAAGUAUUUGGGGGCCUGUUGGUACAGUUGGAGCCCUUCAGGGUCCACACGGGCCCCCAAGCUACCUCCAGCCCACCCCUACUUGCGCGCGAGGAGGGCCGACCUGUAAUCCUCCAGAUAUUUGAGAACAACUCCGGUUAUUAACGAGCUCAGAUAAUCCGUGGUGAGAAGGGGGGAAUUGCAGCCCCACAGCAUCUGGAGGGCCACAAGUCGCUGAUCCUUGCCCUGAAGAUGCCUGGGGCUUGUUCUCUGGAGAAAUCACAAGACUAUUCUUUGUUAAAGAAAUUGGCCUACCUCCACAGAACUACAGUUCCCAGGAUUCCCCACUGCGGGGAAUUCUGCUAAAAAGCCCAGGUAUUAAAAUAAAAGCCCAGCCUGUAUUCCAAUAAGACUAGUCGGUGUUCAA